AUGGAGAAUUCUGACACUACUGAUCCAAGUCUGUCCAUCCUCGACUUCCUGUUUGCUAUCGAAACGAGCGAUGACGAACUAACAACGGAACGUGGCCCUCAGCUCAAGGACGCUAGUGAGGCGAGUCGUCGCCAAUGGGGUCGUCUCUUGGCAAACGCAACUCAUGCGAAACAGCAGAGUGCGGAGACUGAUAACAAAGCGCUUAAAGCGAUUCUGGCAGACCAGCAAAAACUCCAGGCUGCGAUGAUCAAGGUUAUCAUUUCAAUAACCCAGAAACGCUCAAAGAACUCGAUUUUGUGUCUCAACUUCAAUUUAAAACACCCGGUGUUCCCUGCUGUCCACAGCAGCACGGUUGUAUCCUUGCGCUGUGAACGUUUCUGUCGAGAGAAUGGUCGAUGCUCCAUAAAGACGAGCUCCAUUACACCGAUAUCCUCCUCAGCACCGCAUAUUGGUGACAUUGUUUGGGGUCACGCUAUCAAGGAGGGCGAUGCGAAUUACGUUUUCGGCGGGGUCCGCAAGCAAAAUCCCAGCCCACUCGAAAUGGACACUGUAGCGACACUGGAGUAUGGUCACGAGACCAUUUACAACAUUUGUACCUUUCGUCAGUACGCUAACGGACCCCAACAUGUUCUAGUAAGUACGGGCAUGUGGUUUCUUCCAAACGGAGAACUGUUAAUGCAAGAUUCUAACUGGACAGUCACUAUCCCAUCGGCGACCGAGCCAGAGCAUGCAUGCAUUAUGCAGAAUUGCUAUCAGCUCGAUGUGGCAUCGGCAUCCAUUGAUGAAGCCAAGAAAAUGGCGUUCAAUGCGAUCGGCAACAAGAUGCGUCUCCUCAUUCAAUCAUCACAAGAUUAUUAUCUUUCUAGUCAAGACUUUGGUUGGAUCGAAGCAGGACAGCUAUACAAGUAA